AUGAUCACAAACACGUGGUUUAAAAAGCGGAAGACAAAGCUGUAUACUUGGAAAAGCCCGGGAGACAGCAAACGAUAUCAAAUUGACUACAUCAUCGUCAAGAACAGAUUCAGAAUUAGCGUGAAAGACGUUAAGACUUUUGCAAGGGCCGAUGUAGACUCCGAUCAUAAACUGCUCACGGCCGAUAUAGAGACAAAGCUGAAGAACAUCCGCAAAACGGGUAAAAAGAGACAGAGAUGGAAUCUGGAAAACCCGAGGAACAAUAAAAUCGUAGUGAGGAGAGAUAUGGAGACGAAGUUUAGCGUAAUAAAAGGUAGGAAAGAGGCAGUAGAAAAAGAUUGGAAUGAGGUAAAAAGUGUACUUCUGGAAACGCUAGAAGACAACGUCGGAAAGCUAGAAAAAGUAGCUAGAAAGCCAUGGAUAACCCAGGAGAUGAUCAAGAAAAUGGAUGAGCGUAGAAAGUACAAAAAUACAGAUCCGAGGAUGUAUAGAAAAAUGAAUAAUGAAUUGAGGCGAGAAACCGAAAAAGCAAAGGUGAAAUACAUGGACAAAACGUGCAACAAGAUAAUGGAACAUCAAAAACAUGGUAGGUAUGAUUUAAUGUUUCAGGCUACAAAGGAAAUGAACUGGAAUGACAGAAAAAGCAGAAAAACAUACGAAAUAGAAGGCGACAAUGGAAAUAGACUGAGUGACCACAAGAAAAUUCUCAGCGUAUGGGAAAAAUACAUUGAGAAAUUGUACGAUAGAGAAAAUCGUCUUCAAAAUAUCGAGUUCGAAGAAGAGAAAGAAAUGGACGAAGACGACAAAGGACCGUGCAUAUUGAAAAGCGAAGUCGAGAGAGUAAUAAAUGAGAUGAGAAGAAAGAAAGCAACGGAAGAUGACGACAUACCGGCGGACCUACUGAAAGAGCUGCGCAACAACGUAUUAAAGAAAUUGACCAAAUUGUUGAAUCAAAUAUAUCGAACGGGUGAAUGGCCAAAGGACUUUUUGGAUGUCACGAUGAUAGCUCUUCAGAAAAAGCCCAAAACGAAUAAAUGCAGAGACCACAGGACGAUCAGUUUAACUUUGCACACCGGAAAGGUUCUGGCCAAAAUCCUUACGAGGCGACUCGAAAAUAAGAUUGAGCAGCACAUGAGCGAAGACCAGUUUGGUUUCAGAAAAGGAAGAGGCACCAGGGACGCUAUUGGAAUACUGAGAAUAAUAUAG